GGCUUGGGGCGGGAGCUGCAGCAGCCUCCGAGCUCCAAAGCCGGCCACGAAGCCGGCUCAGCACGUCGGGAACAGGCGGGUUUUGAGGCCUCUGUGACCCUGUGGAAGUGGAGCUGCGCUCCUUCCCUGCCCGGGUCAGCGGCUGAUCCGCUCUCCUUUCCUCCAGCGCACGCUUUCCCUUGUGUUUGGCUGUGUUACUGGACUCGCGAAGAAAGUCCUCUUGGUCGCUGAUUUCUUAGCUGUUUUCUUCUUAGUAUUUCAGAAUUUUGUUCUUUUUCCUCCCCUCUUUGUUAAUUUUUGUAGCCUUUCACACUGCUGUAGGUUAAUUUAUUUAUUUGUUUUUUCUUAUUUUUAAAAUAUUUCUACGAAGCUCUCCCUUGGCUACUAUUAAAUUAUUUCUAUGCCCUUAUUUUUAUUCUUUGAACUUAUUUUCUGUCUUCCUCAAGCAGUGCAAGUCAGUGGAUUUAGGGUGGGAGCUGAAAAAGGUGACCAUGAAACUUUUCCUCUCCUUCCAACCCAUUUGAAAGAAGUCUGCCAUCAGAAAGCAUGCCAUUAAUAGCAAUCCAUAUAUUUUUUAGUCUCUAAACUUUGCUUGGUUGCACUCUGGAUUGUUUAUUCUGGAGCACUGAAUGUGCCUAGUGUGGAAAGCAGCAAGCAAGCUUGGGAAGAACAGAAUAAUCAAUAAUACAUCUGUAUUUGGGUUAUAACAUUGGACAUUCCAAGGGUUGUUUUGGUUGAAAAUAAAGUUUUCCAAGUUUUGUUUUAAUGUCAGGGUAGUGCCUGCUUAGAAGGCAGCUUUUUUUUACCUUUCCUGGGACAAAUUAUGUGUUUGGGACUUUGUGACAUAUCUGCCAGACACCUAGCCAGGGAAGCAAAUAACAUAAAAAUAAAGAGAACCUGUAGCUAAAUCAAAGGAGUCUUCCAUAUGCACAUAAAAUAACAUUGUUUCUCUGAUAAAAACAUGAAAGGGACUUCACUAGCCUGAGUGGGCCGACUUUAAUUGGAGAUGAUGACUGUAGUAAAAUACAGUGAUGGAGUCACUACUGGUUGUUCCUUUAAAAAGGAAAAGAAAAAUUAAUCCCUGGUCUCAUUAUUACUUUCCCUUUUUUCCAUCCCCAAAUCCUCCAUCACAUAAAACAGAUGUGGGCUAUUGAUGUUCUCCAUCAUUUAUGUCUAAAUAGCUUACCUCCUCUUUCAUCUUUUCUGCCUUCCACUCCAUGCUCCAAGAAAUUCACUUGUCUCUGUGUUGUUCCAUUUUUUGCAAUCUUUGCAUUAUCCUUUGUUGUCCAUUUGUAAUAUUGCCCCAGUUUACUGACAGGUCUACAUGAAAAGGCUUUGAGGCUCCAUUAUGAUGUACUUGAGGUUUAUUGAUCGUGGCUGCAGUGUGGUGGUAUCCAUCAGCAUUUACUGAGGUCGCAAGCAUCCCCUAGCAUUUUACACUGGGAUCUCUGGAACAGAAGGCAUAGAUUAUGUUGGAAGUGAGAUUUUCAUUGCUAUUGAAAAAGUCUGCUUGGAAUCUGGAUAUCUCCUUUCUGCUUGCUGCUUUCCUAUUAGCACCCUGUUCCUUUAUCCCAUUCCCUCAUUUCCUACCUCUGCAUGCAUGUGUGCACAGAACUCUUAAUGGACUUGUAUCCUCUCUAUUUCUUCUGUCCUUUUAUCCCACACUAUUUUUUUUUUACCCAAUCUAUCUUUUCCUCUGCCUGACUUCUCAUAGGUAUAAGUUGUUCCCCUGCCAGCAUUGACAGUGAUAGAUUAAGGAUGGAAUUACUUAUCUGCACCUUGUAAUCCAAACAGAAUCACAGUCUGCUGUUGGCAGUCCACAGGGGUUGCUGCUGAAUAAAUUGGAAUGCCAGUAGCUGUGCUCACUGAAGCUUCUCUCAUCUCGAAUACGUGAGAAAGAGGGGAAGAGGAACCCUGUGGAUUGAAACAAAAAAAAUACCCCAACAACAGAGGGUGAUGCCCUUACCCUAGAGAAGUGUUUAUUAGGUUAAAUUCUCUAUUUAGCAGCUGAGGAGGAAUAGAACACUCUUUUCAUUCACACAUUUAAUUUUUCCCUCAAAUGAAACAAGAUUAUUUUGAGUGCCCCUUCUCUCAUGUGAGCAGGAUAGGUUUCCCUGACAGCCACAAGACCCUGAAAUUUGGAGUCCCUUUCCUUUAGGCAGUGGUCACAAACCAGCAGUCAAACUGCACGUGUCAUGUGUAGCUCGCAUUUCAUCCGGCUGCAGAAGGCAGCGAUGGUGGAACUGCAGCUCCAGCAGGAGCGGCAAGGAAUCUCAGAUACACAAGAUUCAUCAUCUUCUGACUGCAUUGGUGGAAUACGAAGGGGAUUUGACACUGCACAGUAGAUGAUCAUGCCUUACAGGAACUGGCUGCAAGUUUUCAGCUCUUUGAAACUGGUCCUUUAGCCACAAAUUACAAAUUGUGAUCGGACAAGAGGUUGCCUAAAUGGAAGACUACAGGAAGGAAAUGUCUGCUCUUGCUACCUCUUCUAAACUUCUUAAGAGAAUGGACAGACAUUCAAGUGUUAGCUUGUCCAUCUGCAUUCACCAGGUAUUCCUUCUGAUAAUCAUCUUAUCACCCUGUUCACAGUCUUAUGUAUGGAGAUUUCUUUAUUUUCCUAUGAAAGAACUGCCCAAGAAGUAGAGGAAUAGAUCUUAGUCAUCCGGAUUUAAGAAGAACCAUGUCUCUUCCCCGACAGCUGCGAGAAAAGAGUGAUUUUGACCAGCUUCCAGAUGAUGUACCUGUUUCAGCUAACAUUGCAGAUAUUGAAGAGAAGAAAGGCUUUACUAAUUACUAUAUGUUUGUCAUUGAAGUAAAGCUUAAAGGUGGUGGCAGAUACCUGAUUUUCCGGCGCUAUCGUGAGUUCUAUGCCCUGCACACCAAACUGGAGGAGAGAUAUGGGCCAGAGAGCAAUAACAGCCCAUUUACCUGCAUGCUUCCUGUACUGCCAGGAAAAGUUUUUGUUGGUGCCAAAAAGGAAAUUGCUGAGAAAAGGAUUCCUAUCCUAAAUGUCUACAUAAAGAACCUGCUCUGCCUCCCUGCUUGGGUGUUGAUGGAUGAAGAUGUACGGCUGUUCUUCUACCACUCAACCUUUGACGGUGAGCAGGUGCCUCACAGACUGAGACGGCUUCGCCCACGGACACGCCGAGUUAAGAGCAUUUCAGAUCAAGUGCCUGUUUUGGACCGCACAGCAGCUCCGCGAGCUGAGGCACUGUUUGAUUUUCCUGGAACCAAUAAACUGGAACUCAGCUUCAAGAAGGGAGAUUUGAUCUAUCUACUCAGCAAAGUAAACAAAGACUGGUUGGAGGGAACUGCUGGUGGUGCCACUGGGAUUUUCCCAUGUGCUUUUGUGAAGAUCAUAAAAGAUUUACCAAAGCAGGAAGACACAGUUAAUAAAGUCCGCUGUUAUUAUUAUGAUGAGACUGUGAGCACUAUCAGGGAUAUCUCAGUGGAAGAGGAUCUGAGCAGCAUUCCAUCAUUCAAAGAUCUAAUGGAAUUGAUGAGGCAGGAGUUUAACCAAGAUGACAUUGUUUUGAAUUACCGGGACCCUGACGGUGAUCUGAUCCGCUUGCUCUCUGAUCAGGAUGUUGAACUCAUGGUGUCUCAGAGCAGAAGAAGGCCCUCUGAGAAGCACUUUUUCUCCUGGAAGUUGCACAUCACUCACAAAGAUGACUUGGCUAUCUACAACACUAGUCCAGGAAUAGGUGCUACUCAAGCAGUAGGAGCAAUGUAAGGGCUAAAUAGAUAUCCUUCUCUGCAGGCAGUUUCCUUCAACAUGCCUUUGCAUUGUCCUUGAAAUGAGUGAUUUUUUAGUAAUAUAUCACCUUUCAGUGUAAAAUCUGUACUUAGUUAACUUCUUCAGCUUUUUAUCACUCCUGUGCAAUAGAGACAUCUACAUAGAGGCCAGAGAAGGUGAGGAAUAGAGAAAUAAAAUCACAGGCCAUGUUCACAAAGCAAGUCAGUGUUAGCCUGCAGUAGAGGUGUCCUGAUCCCCAAGACCUGCUCACAUCUCUUUUCUCACUCCCAAGGCUAAUUAUUUGUCCAUAAUAUCUUCGUAAGCUUUUCUUUUUUUUCUAGACUCCCAUAAUUUUCUCUUCAUUUGCUGAUCUGAAGGUUUGUGUGCCAGUGUGUAAUUAUUUCUCUCAUGUUGGAGUCUGACUUGGCAUUCAGAGUUUGUCCUAGAAGCAUCAAGAAAACUUUUUUUGGAUUUCGGUGAAGAAAUUGCAGCCCAGCUCAGCUUUCUUCUUUUCCACUCACCAAUAUAUUGAAUUCUGUGAAUCAAACCUAGUACACCUGUGGUGUUCCCUAUAGGCCUUUAUAUAAUUGUACAAACUACUUGUUCCAUGUUCUGGGAACUCAAACAGCAAUUUCUUCUCUACCUUCUGCUUUCUGACACUGUACUUCAAAGUAGAACUAACAAGAAAUUACUGUAUCAGAUUCUUCAACAAAUAAAGUUAAAUAUUAGUUCAUCAA